AUGGCACCUGCAAGAGCAGCGGCGAAAAAGGCGCCUGCCAAAGCCACGGCGGCAAAGGCGUCUACAAAGGCCGCAGCGGCAAAAGCACCGGCGAAAGCAGCGGUGGUCAAGAAGCACAAGGCGGCUGACCCCAUCGCUGCUCCCGCCAAAAAGGGCAAAGGACCCAAGGGCCUCGCCCACACCCCAUCCGUCACCCCACCCCCCGCCAAAGCAGCGGCAGGGCGAAAGCGCAAGGCGGACGAUGACGUCGCUCCCCCUGCCAAAAAGGCCAAAGCCCUCACUCACGGCGAAAGUAUCAACGAUGCCCCCGUUCAGCCCCUCAAUGUCUUCGUCUUCGGCGAAGGCUCUUCCGGCGAGCUCGGCCUCGGCAACACCAAGAAGCCUCCCAGCAAGGAUGUCAAGCGUCCUCGCCUCAACCCAUACCUCACUCCAGACAAAGUCGGCGCUGUACAAGUAGCUGCGGGUGGUAUGCACACUAUUGUGCUCACUCACGACAACAAGAUCCUCACGUGGGGCGUUAAUGAUCAAGGUGCCCUCGGCAGAGAUACAGCAUGGGAGGGCGGAUUGAAAGAUGUGGACGCAGCUUCAGACGACAGUGAUGACGAUGACGACGGCCCCGGCGACAAUGGGCUCAACCCACGUGAGGCCACCCCGGCCGAGGUCGACUGGUCCACCACCGAGCUGGCCGAAGGCACCCGCUUCACAGAAGUCACCGCCGGAGACUCGGCCUCGUUCGCCCUCACCGAUGAUGGCAAAGUGUACGGAUGGGGCACGUUCCGCGGUAAUGACGGUAUCAUCGGCUUUACCCCUGAAGUCCACAUCGCCACACGCCCGAUCCUCAUCAACGGUCUCAAAGACAUCACCACCAUCAAAGCGGGCAUGAAUCACUGCCUCGCUCUCGACAAGAAGGGCAGGGUGCACUCCUGGGGUUGCGGUCAACAAGAUCAGCUCGGCCGCCGUGUCAUAGAACGAACGGCAAAGGCCGAGGGCUUGAAGCCCCGGGACGUCGGACUACCCAAAGGCCCAAAGAAGGCAGCAGUUGCUAUUGCGGUCGGCACCUACAACGGCUGGGCCAUUCUCAAGAAUGGAGAUGUGUACGCUUGGGGUCUGAACAGCAUGGAUCAGACGGGCAUCCCAACCGGGGAAGGGGACACCGAUGCAACCAUUCGCCCAGCCCAACGCGUCCCCGCGCUCAGCGGUAUCGGCGUCACCAGCAUCGCCGGAGGUGGACAGCACGCCAUUGCCGCCACAGAAUCCGGGGACUGUCUCGUCUGGGGCCGCGUCGACGCAGACCAAGCAGGCAUUCCAGUCGACGAACUCUCCAAAUUGCCAGAGGACAUCCUUCGCAAAGACGAUCGCGGCAGACCCCGCAUCCUCAAGGUGCCGCAAAAGGUCACCGCCAUCACAGGCAAUGUUUUCCAAAUCACCGCUGGCACCGACCACAACAUUGCCGUCACCAAAGAGGGCAAGGCAUGGUCGUGGGGCUUCAGCGCCAACUACCAGACCGGUCAGGGAACUGACGACGAUGUCAAAAUCGCCACCAUGAUCGACAACACGGCCGUUCGCGAGCAGAAGCUCAACGCCGCCGCCGCCGGCGGUCAAUUCAGCAUCGUCACCGCCUCCGCUAACACAGAGAUGGUCAACGGUGUCUGA